AUGCAUGCAGUAAAGAAUAGUGACAAAAAAUGGGAGAGUUUGACUCUCACGAUCUCCGCGGCCACUUACUUAUCACCCACAAUUCCCUCUUCUUUCUCUCUCCUCCAGCCAAGCAAGAUUUCCAAAGGAAAGAAGGCCAAGGGGAAGAAGGUGGCCCCGGCCCCCACCGUGGUCAAGAAACAGGAGGCCAAAAAGGUGGUCAAUCCUUUGUUUGAGAAAAGCCCUAAGAACUUCGGCAUUGGGCAGGACAUCCAGCCCAAAAGAGAUCUCACAUGCUUCGUCGAAUGGCCCCGCUACAUCAGGCUGCAGUGGCAAAGAGCCAUCCUCUAUAAGCAGUUCAAGGUACCUCCUGCCAUCAACCAGUUCACCCAGGCCCUGGAUAGGCAAACAGUGACUCAACUGCUUAAGCUUGCCCACAAGUACAGGCCAGAGACAAAACAGGAGAAGAAGCAAAGGCUGCUGGCCCGCUCUGAGAAGAAAGCUGGUGACAAAGGGGACAUCCCAACUAAGAGACCACCUGUCCUCCGAGCAGGGGUCAAUACAGUCUCCACCUUGGUGGAGAACAAGAAGGCUCGGCUGGUGGUGAUUGACCAUGAUGUAGACCCCAUUGAGCUUGACUUGAACAGUUACCUGACUACAUGUGUCCCUCGGUGCUUACAAGUAAGGGAGAGAAGCAUGAGCUGUCUUCCGGGGAGCCUGCUGGAGCACAUGCUAGAAGCAGAAAUCGAGCAAGUGAAGAAUGAAAUUAGCAGAGAAGAAGUGAAAAUGCAGGGAACGAGAUGCAUAUAUCAGUCUACUUGCUAA